AUUCGUUUAAAGAGUAUAUUAAGUAGAACGUCAUUAGAUAUAGUCUCAAAUAUUUUGAAAUCGUUUUAACGACAACCGGGCUGGCAGGUAGGAUUUUGUUUCUCCCCCACACUCCAGUACAGUACGUGGCGGUACUGCGCCAUAACGUUGGAUGCCAACCGCUGAUAAACCCCACCGAAGAAGACAGGACAAGAAACAGCGGAGAGAGCAGGUCGUAAUAAUCGUCAUUUUUGAAUGGUGUAAAUGAAUAAUGGUAGCUGUCUAAUUUGAAAGAAAAACGGAUAACUGGCAAGUUUGUAGGAUAGGAAAGUUGGUUGACAUUGGCAGUGACAAGCUAACAGGCUUUGGCGACAGAGGCAACCGUUAGCGUCUAAGUUAACCAGUCUGCUAGCUAUGAGCUAUCUUGAAGACAAAACCAUGCUCAGUUGAUAACCGCCGUAGAUUGUUAUCUAGCUAGCCAGAGUAGAGACACGAUCAAAGCUAUCGUUAACACGAAAUAUAUGUUUUUGUCAACUGUUGAGAUCAUUGACGUUGGCCAGGUAACGUUAGCUUUCGUUGUCCUAGUGAGCCCCAGCCAAUGGCCAUUGUUAUAUUGACAAGGCAAGUCACUGAAUAAUUUAUUGGGGCAAAAUGAACUCCGACGAGGCAGCAGCUCCAAAACCUGUCACCGAUGAUGAUGGCAUGUCAUGGUGGUAUCGAUGGCUCUGCAAAAUCGCUGGGGUCCUGGGCGGUGUAUCAUGUGCCAUCUCAGGAGUGUGGAUGUGUGUCACUGUCAACCCCUUAAACAUCGCAGCUGGAGUAUGGAUGGUGUUGAAUGCCUUUGUGUUGUUCCUGUGUGAAGUCCCAUUCUGCUGCCAGUUCAUUGAGUUUGCGAAUGCAGUGGCGGCUAGAGCGGACAAAUUCAAGCCAUGGCAGAAAGCCUUCUUCUACUGUGGGAUGGCACUGUUUCCCAUAUUCCUGAGCUUCUCCAUCACCACGUUGUUUGGGAAUGCCAUUGCCUUUGCUACAGGUGUCCUCUAUGGUCUCGCCUCCCUGGGCAAAAAGGGCGAUGCGGUGAGUUACGCCAGGCUGAAUCACGAGAAACAGGGGGAUGAGGAGAAGAUGACCGGGACGACAGACGGGUCAAUAUAGUGAGAUGGCUAUCCCAUCAUCCCUUAUUUGUUCCCACAGAGGAAUAACACUAUCCUUAACCAAGGGACAAUGAUGUCAUCCCUGCUCCUCUCCUCCCUCUCAGUUACUGAGUUUAUUUAUUUACCUAAAUGGCUGCAUCUUUGAUGUCUUACUUGGUGUAAUUUUUCCAUAUAUAUUUAAUGUUGUUUGGUCCUUAGUGUGAAUUUUGUUUUCAUGACAUUUUAACAAAGGUUUAGCUGCUGUGCUGUUUUUGUUGUCCUGGUUACUGGGGUUACCCUUUUUGGCAAGUAGGAAAAGUUAUGUACCCUCUUAGCCAAUCCGCCUUUCAAGAAACCUGGGCGAUAGUGAAUGUGAAAGCUUUGUUUUUGUGAAGUUAUUUCCCCAAAUCAUGUUACUCUCAUUGUGCCGCCGGAAAUUCAUCCAUUGAGAGUUAUCCCAAACGCAUAUCCAUUCCAUCCAGUAAACCC